AUGCAGGGCGGCAAGGGGCUCGGCAAGGGUGGCGCCAAGCGUCAUCGCAAGGUCUUGCGUGACAAUAUCCAGGGCAUCACAAAGCCUGCCAUCCGUCGUCUGGCGCGCCAUGGUGGUGUCAAGCGCAUCUCUGGCCUCAUCUACGAGGAAACUCGCGGUGUUCUCCUGGUGUUCCUCGAGAACGUGAUCCGCGACGCCGUCACCUACACCGAGCACGCAAAAAGGAAGACCGUGACGGCUAUGGACGUCGUGUACGCCCUCAAGCGUCAGGGCCGCACCCUGUACGGAUUCGGAGGCUAAGCAAGCAGCGUCGUCGCCUGCA